GUGGGGGGUUAAAAGUGAAUGAUGCUGAUGCUGAUGCUGAUGCUGAUGCUGGAUGGCAGAGCGUACAAGAGGAUGUGAUUUCUGAACUCCUAUAGCGAAGAUUGGCUUUUUGAACUCUGUUUCUGCACAACUGUAAAGAGUCGUUGCAAUAUUUCGUUUUAAUUGUAAAAUCCAUUGUGAAUGAACCGAACAAGGGCAUCUCUCACCGAAUGGAAUGCUCUGUUGCAAUUGACUGCAAUGCUGCUGUGACAAUGGUUUGCUGAGGUUCCUUCAUUCUGCUGAAUUGACUAUAGAAGUGAAUGUAGUAUUUUGUUUUCUGUUUUUUUCUUGUUUGACUAGACUGAGAUGGCGGAUCAAGCUGAAUGCAGCAUAAAAGUAAUGUGCCGUUUUAGGCCAUUAAAUGAAUCUGAGAUUGUAAGAGGAGACAAAUACAUUCCGAAAUUUAAAGAAGAUGACACAGUGGUUAUUGCGGGCAAGCCCUAUAUCUUUGACAAAGUGCUCCCACCUAACACUUCACAGGAAAACGUUUACAAUGCCUGUGCAAAGCAGAUUGUUAAAGAUGUUCUUGGAGGUUACAAUGGAACCAUUUUUGCUUACGGUCAGACCUCCUCAGGAAAAACACACACCAUGGAGGGGAAGCUGCACAACCCUCAGCUGAUGGGAAUUAUUCCUAGAAUCUCACACGACAUCUUCGAUCACAUUUACUCCAUGGAUGAGAACCUAGAGUUCCACAUCAAGGUUUCUUAUUUUGAGAUCUACAUGGACAAAAUUAGAGAUCUGCUAGAUGUUUCCAAGACCAACCUAGCUGUACAUGAAGACAAAAACAGAGUUCCAUAUGUGAAGGGUUGCACAGAGAGGUUUGUCUCCAGUCCCGAGGAGGUGAUGGAUGUUAUUGAUGAAGGAAAAGCCAAUCGCCACGUUGCUGUUACAAAUAUGAAUGAACACAGCUCCAGGAGCCACAGCAUCUUCUUGAUUAAUAUUAAACAAGAAAACGUGGAGACAGAGAAGAAGCUGUGUGGGAAGCUGUAUCUGGUAGACUUGGCUGGUAGCGAGAAGGUCAGCAAGACUGGAGCAGAAGGAGCUGUUCUAGAUGAAGCUAAAAAUAUCAACAAGUCUCUGUCUGCUCUGGGCAAUGUCAUUUCUGCACUGGCAGAAGGGACUAAAACCCACGUACCAUACAGAGACAGCAAGAUGACCCGUAUUCUCCAAGACUCUCUGGGGGGCAACUGCAGAACCACCAUCGUCAUCUGCUGCUCCCCUUCUGUCUACAAUGAGGCUGAAACCAAGUCCACCCUGAUGUUCGGACAGAGAGCCAAGACCAUCAAAAACACAGUAUCAGUGAACCUGGAGCUGACGGCAGAGGAGUGGAAGAAGAAGUAUGAGAAGGAGAAGGAGAAGAGCAAGAGUCUGAAGAAUGUCAUCCAGCAGCUGGAGCUGGAGCUAAAUCGCUGGAGGAACGGUGAGGCAGUACCUGAAGAUGAGCAGCUGAGUGAGGAUCAGAAGAACCUGGAGCCUUGUGAUAACACUCCCAUCAUCGACAACCUGGCCCCUCCCAUCGCCUCAGUGUCAGCGGAGGAGAAGAGCAAGUACGAGGAGAACAUCUCAGACCUGUACAAACAGCUUGACGACAAGGAUGACGAGAUUAACCAGCAGAGCCAAUUGGCCGAGAAACUGAAACAGCAGAUGCUAGACCAGGAUGAGCUGCUGGCGUCGACUAGGCGGGACUAUGAGAAGAUCCAGGAGGACCUGACGAGGCUGCAGAUGGAGAACGAGGCUGCGAAGGACGAGGUGAAGGAGGUGCUGCAGGCCCUGGAGGAGCUGGCUGUCAACUAUGACCAGAAAUCCCAGGAGGUGGAGGACAGGACCCAGGCCAACGAGCAGCUCGCCGAUGAGCUCGCCCAGAAAACAAUGUGCUUGUUGGCCGUCCAGCACGAGCUGAACCAGCUUCAAGAACUGAGUAAGCACCAGAAGAAGAGAGCGGCUGAGAUCCUUAACCUCCUGCUGAAGGACCUGAAUGAGAUCGGGGGCAUCAUCGGCACCAACGACAUCAAAGUGAUGACUGAGGUGAACGGUGUCAUUGAGGAGGAGUUCACCAUGGCUCGUCUUUACAUCAGCAAGAUGAAGUCAGAGGUGAAGUCACUGGUUAACCGCAGCAAGCAGCUGGAGACCUCGCAGAUCGACACCACCCGGAAGAUGCAGGUCAACGAGAAGGAACUGGCUUCCUGUCAGCUCCUCAUCUCCCAGCACCAAGCUAAAAUCAAGUCCCUGACAGAUUACAUGCAAAAUGUGGAGCAGAAGAAGAGACAGCUUGAGGAGUCGCAGGACGCGCUCACAGAGGAGCUGGCCAAGCUCAAUGCCCAAGCAGAUACAAUGCACGAAGUGUCAGUUAUGGACAAAGAGAAGGAACACAUGACCUUGCUCCAGGAUGCUGUAGAGAUGAAGGAGACCCUGGAGAAACAGAUGGAGAGUCACAGAGAGAUCCACCAGAAGCAGCUGUCCAGACUGCGCGAUGAGAUCGAGGAUAAGCAGAAAAUGAUCGAUGAGCUCAAAGACUUGAAUCAGAAACUGCAGUUGGAGCAUAAAAAACUCAUCUCUGAUUAUGAUAAACUGAAGAUUGAAGAGCAGGAGAAGGAUAUGAAGCUGCAGAAACUCAUUAUCCUUAAUGACAAAAGGGAGCUGGCGAAGCAGGACCUCAAAGGCCUAGAAGAGACUGUGGCCAAGGAGCUCCAGACACUCCACAACCUCCGUAGACUUUUUGUUCAAGACCUCACGACUCGCGUCAAGAAAAGCGCUGAACUGGACUGCGAUGAUGGAGGGGGGAGCGCCGCACAAAAACAGAAAAUUUCCUUUCUUGAGAACAACCUGGAGCAGCUUACAAAAGUUCACAAACAGCUGGUACGUGACAAUGCAGAUCUGCGUUGUGAGCUUCCUAAACUGGAAAAACGUCUCCGAGCUACAGCUGAGAGAGUCAAGGCCCUUGAGAGUGCACUGAAGGAGGCCAAAGAAAACACCAUGAAGGACCGCAAGCGCUACCAGCAGGAGGUGGACCGGAUCAAGGAAGCCGUGAGAGCCAAGAACAUGGCCAGGAGAGGGUACUCCGCUCAGAUCGCCAAGCCUAUUCGUCCUGGGCAUUGCCCAGCAUCCUCACCAACAGCUGCCCACACCGUCCGUGGUGGCGGAGGAGGAUCGUCGAUCUCCAGUUAUCACCACAACAUGAAGUAGAGGAUGAAUGAGCCCAAAAAGCAUGUACAGAACGUCUGAACAUCUGAUCACUAUCCCUCCUACAGGACCUGCUAUUCUUCCAGAGUUUUCACCUGCACGCUUUUCUGAUCACUACCUCUACUACAGGACCUGCUAUUCAUCUUCCAGAGAUUUCACCUGCACGCUUUUCUGAUCACUACCUCUACUACAGGACCUGCUAUUCAUCUUCCAGAGCUUUUCACCUGCAGUGUGGACACACUUUGCAUUUUCCUUCUUACUGUCUGAAAGAGACAAUAUGCUGGAUAGGGAAAAGCCUUUAGUUGCUGAAACAGUGCUUUCUCUCAACUGACUUUACUAACUAUGAAACAAGUAAUGAAGUAACAUCUUUAGGCAGGCUAAUGUCUUCUAUUGUGAGUCUAUUUAUUGUAUAAUACAUUGUCAAUGUAUAUGCAUUUGGGUGGAGGGUGGAAUGUGAUGUCAGUAACACUGCUAUAUGAUAUAGUACUGUACUUCAUACUGUUGUGUUAUAUAGGUUUGUGAAGGUAAAAACAAAUUCACACAAACAGUCCUAAUAUAGCAUGCUAUCCUGAUAACACGAAAUUAAAUGAUUUGUUUGUUAGUAUUAUCAGCUUACCUGUGGCCAAAUUGUCUUCAUCAGAUUUAGAUCCAGUCAAAACCAGGUAGGCUGGUGAAUUAAAUCUGGUCAAGCAAUGUAUAAACAAAAUGGGGUAAAAAGGUUGUGUUGCUUUAAGGUUUGUCAUACAAUUAUUUUGUUGUUGCUGCUCCUGCCCGUUAACAAUAAAACUUUAACAAUAAAAAUAAUUAAAAUAGCACUUCAGGUAAGAGUUUGUAUUGAGUGUGUAGAGAAGACAUCUCUGUCACCAAGAAGGGUUGUUUGCCUAAUGAACUGUACAGGUAAACAACACUUAACCUUGUAACAGUUAUCACUAGACCAGAUAGUACUGCUGCUGGUAAACAGGCUCAGAUCAAAACAACGAUAUCUAAUUGUUGUUCACUAUGUAUUGGGUUUAAUAAGGGUGCAAUUUCAUCUAUAAAAAACACAUUCAUGUCAGAUUCAUUAAGUUCAACACAAAAUGCUAAGAUAUUUUCUAGCACCUCAUUUUUUGGCAGUUCAUUUAUUAAGUAUAUUGUUUGCAUUAUUUUUGUUAUUGUAUAUUUGAUUUAAUAAAGAUGUCAUUUUUUUGGAUGUAUGCAUUCCUACUUUUAUUUCCUUUAUACCUGCAUCUUUGUGUUUUAUUUUGUUUUAUUGCUUCCUUCUUUACCAUAAUUUCCCAUCAUUUCCUGGUUAAGGUUAGAAACACCUUCAAUAGUGGAUUUCACUAUAAUAGUGAAACAUUCUAAGAAUUUAUUUUUAUGUUUUCAGUGGAAACAAGCACCAUUCAGUUAAGGUAUGCAUUGAUUUUGAGAAAGCUUUAUUAUUGAACACUAUGAAUGUAUUUAUGUGUACAUUUAUAGUUUCUGUUUAUUUUUGGGGCAUGAUGAAGGCCUAAUAUUUAAUCUUUGUAGUAUAUCUCAUAGCACGUCUGGUAAGAGUUUGUACCGGGUAUUUCAGACGUCUGGAUGCAUAGACUGAUCCAGCAUGCCAGCAUACCUGGACUAAUCUUUUACACAUAUGCCUUAUGGUGGAUGGACACAUUUUGAAAAUGUGUGAAUUAAUUGUAAAUAACAUACUGUUUUAUUUGUAUGUGGCUCUGGGUCCAGACUUCUGAAACAUUCUAUACAAUUACCUUCAUUAUGUCUUCAUUUUGACAACAUUUUCCCAGUCUCCAGAAGUACCAGGUCUUUGGCUAACUGGAGACGUCAGUGAUCUAGCAAGAACUUCCCUCAGAGCUGAGAUGCUGAUCAGCCAGUCAGUCCAUCUAGCACUUAACCGAGGGGGGAUUUUUACAGCUCACUUGGCAAAUUCCUAAAAAGACGACUUUCCUGGACUGGUUUGCUGUAGAAGAAGACCUCAGCCAUAAUAAUUUUGAUUCAGCUGUUGCUGAUAUCCCUGCUGAUUGAUUCAAAGAAAGCUUACCUUUCAAUGACCUCUCACAGUGUACCACUCCAGCUGUUCAUACAGACCCGCUCCUCCAGGCAAUUCUCAUUUUGAGGAGGGGGGUUACGGGUUACAAGCCUGCCCUUGGUAAAAUACAGGGGAUCAUAAGGCACAAUAAAAGCAGGUGGUCACAAAGCUGGCAAAUAUUUUGCAGCAAAUUGAACUGCUACAAUUCUAUAUAUAAAAGACAACUUCCAAGAUUUUUUAUUUAUUUAUUUAUUUUUUAAAUCAUUUUUAAAUGUUUUGGUAAACAUUUAAACACUGGGUAUGUUGUUACUGAAAUUAAUGUUGACAAAUAUCACAUCUUUGCUGUUGCAUUUCAUUGUCCCAGUACUGCUAUGUUAGUCCAGAUAUUGGUAUUGUCUCAUAACCUAUAUAAAUGUCAUGUUUUAAAUGUUAUUUUAUGUAUAAGAAAACAAUCCAAGUUAAUAUUGCAAACUCUAGCUGCAGAGACUUAUGUCACUGUUUGAAAGGGGGACUUCAUGUGAACCCAUCUCUUGUAAUGCAGCUUUAGUGUGUUAUGCAUGUGGGGUAUGAAGAAACCUGCAGCUUUCAUGAAUAUCUGAACCACAUCCCAUGCUUAAAACAACUUUUUCACAAAAGGAGCUCCACUGUCCCUCUAUAAAUCAAAAAUAAGAAAGAGCACAAACAAAAAGCUUGCCUACUGUCUGUUCUAGGAACUGUUUAGGAACUGCAGGACAUGAAAAUCAAUGUGUAGUAACAUAUGUGUCUGUAAGAUGUGUACCUGUGUAUUGCAGAUAUGUCAUCAGUGUAUCUGUAGAAUAACUUUUAAGGAGGAAACAAAAAAAGGCCAGUUAAAAGUGUUCUUUUGGUGUACAAAAAAAACAUUGCUAGGCAAAUGAUGCUGAAAGUUAUAGCUUCACAGCUGAACUAUGUAAUAGAAAUACAAAACAAUGGAUGGCUCUUUAUCUUAAUUAUAACCACGCUGUUUGACUGAUGACUGCAUGGUGUAUAAUUUAUUUUAAAAUGUCAAGAGUGGUAAAUAAAGUUUAAAAUAAA